AACCUGCGUGCAGAGAUAGUAGCUGGUACUGUAAUAUCUAGUCAAAGUGUAAUUCGUUGGUUCCACAACAAAAGUACAAAAUGGUUCAAGGGUCGUUAUCUGCUUGGGACUAUGUUGUGUUUGCAUUGACAUUACUGAUUUCUAUUGGUAUUGGUGCAUUCUAUGCGAUUAAAGCAAAAAAGGAAACAACUGAAGAUUACCUUUUAGGAGGAAGAAGUUUACCAUGGUUUCCAGUCGCCCUUUCCAUGACCACAAGUUUUAUGUCAGCGAUAAUUGUUCUUGGAACUCCUUCAGAAGUUUAUUAUUAUGGAACAAUGUAUUGGUGGACUGGUUUGACGUAUGUAAUAAUGACUACAAUAACUUGCACUAUUUAUAUUCCUGUUUUCUGCAAUUUGAAUUUGACGAGCUGUUAUAAGUAUUUGGAACUUCGAUUCAACAAAACUGUUAAAAUAACUGGAACUUUUGCGUAUUUAAUUCAAACUAUUUUGUACCUUGGUCUUGUUACUUAUCUUCCAGCACUGGCAUUAAAUCAAGUUACAUCUCUGAGCCUGUGGGGAUCUCUACUUGCAACUGGAUGUGCUUGUGUAUUGUACUCAACCAUUGGCGGUAUCAAGGGAAUAGUAACGGCCGACUGUUUUCAGCUUCUGAUUAUGAUCAUCGGUCUUAUUGUUGUGAUCGUUAAAGGUUCAGCAGAUGCAGGUGGAAUGGGGAAUAUACUUUCAGAUGCAAGAGAAAGUGGAAAGAUGAUUUUUGACGAUGCAUCUUUUGACCCAAGAAUUCGACACUCUGUCUGGUCACUUUUAAUAGGAGGAACUUUCACAUGGGUUUCAAAUUAUGGAAUUGGUCAGUCCCAAGUGCAGCGUUAUCUCUCAUGUCGAUCACAGCGUGAUGCGGUUAUUGCAGUUGUAGUAAAUUGUUUUCUGCUGAAUGCAAUUCUUGCAUUAGUUAUGCUGGUUGGAUUAAUUUGUGCCUCUCAUUUUAGAGACUGUGAUCCCUUAUUAACAAAAGAAAUUUUCCGCCCAGAUCAAAUGGUCCCACUUAUGGUUGUGCAGAAGUUUUCCUCUAUACCUGGAGUCACUGGUCUGAUUAUUUCGGCAGCCUACAGUGGUACUUUGAGUACAGUUUCUACUGGAAUACAUUCAAUGGCUUGUGUUGUAUUGGAAGAUUUUGUUCGUCCAUCAUUUCCAGUCUUAAGUGAGCAUAAAAUGACAUUGAUUUCCAAAGGGCUAACACUGUUUUUUGGACUUUUUACAAUACUUGUUGCUUUUGGGGCUUCUCAAUUAUCAUUUAUUUUGCAAGCUGCUUUAAGUGUAUGGGGAGUUGUCGGUGGUCCACUUGUUGGUGUUUUCACAUUAGGAGUGAUGUUUCCUUUUGCAAAUGCUUAUGGUGCUUUGGUGGGACAGUUUUGUGGCUUUUGUAUCACCCUCUGGGUAGCUGUAGGUGCUCAAAUAAACAAAAAUGCAAACGAGUAUACAAACAAACUUGAAACGUCCACAGAAAUGUGCAAUUUUGCUCCAAGUAAUGCAACAACUGUAACCACUUUUACUUCUGCUGCCAAUGCCUCAACUAUUGCUAACACUGUGGCCCAAGAGAGUGAUGGAGAACCAAUCCAAAUUUAUUUUUUGUCCUAUCUGUAUUAUUGUGUGCUUGCUUCUGUUGUAACUAUUGUUGUUGGAGCUGUUACAAGUGCAGUCACAGGAUUUAAUAUAACAGACAAAAAUCUGCUUUGCCCUCCCGUCAGAAGUUUGCUGAAACGCUUCAAUUCCCCUUUCGUUUAUGAAGCUUCUGUUUAUGAGAAGAAACCAUAUGAAGGAAAUGAUGCUUACAAACCAGGAAUGCUUGAAUCUAGUAAAAGUGAAAAGUUGGAAGUUGAAAUGCUUCCUCUAAAGAAAAAUGAAACUGAUGUUUGUUAAUGAAAAAGUGCAGCAAUGCAAAAAUUGUUUUGAGGGUUUUUGAAUGUACACAUGUAAAAAUGUAGCAAAUGCUAUUUUGCAGACUCAAUUAAAAGCCUAAUUCACUCGUUCUAAUACAACCCAAGCAAGACUGAGUAGUUUGUUUUCAACAAAGAAAAGACUACAAAAUAACAUUCUAAAAAGAGGAAUUGUGAAACGUCAUAAAUUUGACUUCAAGUUGUCAUCAGAUCAGUCUAGUUCAUCUACGAUUGGCAAGUGACAAUUAGCGAUACAUGUCAAUUUUAUGCAAAUACAAAUAUUUUCUCAUUACCAAAACUAGAAAAAAAUAGUACUUUGGUUUCUAGUGCUUUAUUUACACAUAAAACUCUACCUCUUCAUGUAUUUUUAUUAUUAAUUUGUUAUUGCUGCCUUUCUUUUCAUUUUGAAAAAUUGGUGGAAAACUUCAAAAAUGAGAUUUCAAUUGCAGAACAAUUUAUAUCUUUGCCCAUUUUGAUUGAACUUCCAAUCAUGUUUUCUUGUUAUUUUUCACAUUUAUUAUGUCUUUUUUAAUGAAAUUUGAUAUUGAUAUUUGCUUUAAUACUGAAGUUUGUAGGAUUUGUGGCAACAAUCGGUUAAUUAUCGGCUUAUAGAAAUUUCAGUAUCUUUUUUCUUCUAGUUUUACAUAUUUGACACCUAAAGUAACCACACCACAAGUAUCGACUUACAUUUAGAGAGUUGGCUCAUUUAUGGAUUUUAAGAUUGGUGUAGCCUAACUGCUCAAUCUCACCACAGAGAGAGGGUUGAGCAUUGGUGGGAAAGCCUGAAAUAUAAGUAAAAUGUAAAAAAAUGCUGUAAAAGAACCCUUUUUGCUGUAACUGGAUGAAAACUGUUAGUUUUUCAUCAUUCAAUCAUGGAUGCAUAGCAUGCCUGGGAUCUUUUAAAGUAAAGAUGUUAUGAUAUGCUUCUAACUAAAUAUGCCUACACAACUUCUUUUUUUUACAAAUCGCCACAAUUUCGUUGUAAUGCAAAGUAUAUACAUGCCGACAUAUUGCCAAUAUUUUUUCACAACUCUUUCCCUGUUUGCAGUUACAUUUUUGAUAUACACAAACUGAACGAACUUUGUAACAACUUACCAGAACCAAAUUUGAAACUAUUUUCAAAGUUCAAAAGCCUGUAUUUUUAGUACAUAGGGACAAUAGAAAUUGUCUUCUGGAAAAUAGUCAAAACGUGCUGAUAAUUUACUGAUUAUAUUUCUGGUAUAUGAACACUGGACAGUGAAGUAGAAAGUACUAUUCACAACAAGUCAACAACCAACGCUUUUGACUUGUUAAGAUCUUUUGCUAAUUUAAGGUGAAUUUCAUAAACAAGAACUGACCCACUGAAAGAGCGCGCUUGACCUCAUACCCCCUCCUCCCCGCACCGCUGCAAUUCCUUUCAUUCAUAAUAUUUGAAAUCAAAACGACAAAGCAAAAUUCAAGCAUAUCAAAUUCGGACAUUCAUUGAACCUUUCUAAAUCAUAAUGACAACAUCUUUAAAAAAGGUUGUAUUAUUUAUUGUCAUUUUAUUUCGAUUAAACAUAAGAAUGAGAUAUUAAUUCAAACUCCUGGUCAAAUUAAGCAUACUAUUUUCGGAAUUGAUACCAACAAUAGUUAAUCGGAAAAAUAUUCAGGUCAAUUUUACUCUUUUUUUGGAAAGUAAUAUGCAAGCAUUGGAUAUCCUUAUAUUGAAAUUCACGACUUGAAACACUUGGAUUCAAUAGACAUUAUGAAAACAUUAGCAAAGUGUUUCUUUUACAUUUGUGCAUAUGAUAUAUUCAGAAAAUAUUGCAGUUAAUUAAUAUGCUGAUUGAUACACUGUAAAACAUUUAUAAAUUCUUCAAUGUUGAGGUUGCAAUUUACUUGACCCAUCCAUAAGUGCUUCUUUUGCAAAUUUUUUUUUGUAUAGAUGUGACUGUUUUUUUUUUUUCACAUUUCUAG